GGAUGGAUGAAGAAAAUGUGAAGCGGAAACGACAACAGGUAAAUGCAUCAAGACCAGGUUGUAUCUCGUGAUACCUUCGGGCAACUCAAAAUAGAAAUAGAAAUACAUUCUCAUUUUGUGUUGUGUGGUAAUAUCAGAGUCAAAACAGUUGUCGCAGAAAUAGUAUUUCAAAAAUAGGCAGGGGGCUCCUUCAAAAAGGUUUGGCAUCCCAAGUUUUAUUUACAUAAUUCAUACUUAAUAAAUAAAGUGGACCAUGUUUUAGAUAAAAAUUAAAAGAACAAUAAUUGAAACCAAAAAUAAUGUUGAAUUGGAUUGGUGUCCAUAGGAGCAGCUAAUAUCUGUAGACUGAAAAAAAAAAAAAAAAAAAAAAAAAAAAAAAACUGUUAUGAUCUGGUGGGUCCAGCUGAACAGUUUAAAAGGAAAAGAAAAUAAAAAACUAGAAUUCAGACAGCUCCUUGAGAUUUUAUUAGAAACGGAAAAAGGACGUAGCUUUUGGUAUCACCUUGUCCUAAAAAUAACUCAACUCUCUCUUUUCGACUUGCCCCGAAAUACCCAAAAUGGGCUCAGCCCCUGACCUUAUUAACCCCGACCCCCCUGAAAUGUUGGUUUCUCCAGAUCGAUUCGAAACCAGCUUUUCUUUAUACUCCCGCUCUAAUUCCGCAACUUCCAUGACCCUCCACCCUUCCCCUGCUCAAUCACCCCGGCGCUUUUUGAAUGAUAACCACAGGAUGAAUUCCUUGGGGUAUUUAUGGGAUCAGAAAAUGAGGCAAUUAAAUCAUAGAACCAAGCUGAAGAUAAAAGGUGGUGGUGGAGGAGGAGGGAGGGUUUGGUAUCAAAGAAAGAAAGUGGUGGGAGUUGUUGCUCUUAUUGGAUUCGCUGCUUUGUUUGUGCUGGUUAAUUCUUUUAUGCUUUUAAGGCUUCAAGAUCAUCGAAUCGCUAGCUUCCAUAUGCUCUCUUCUCCUAUUUCUUCUUCUUCUCCUUCGCUUUCCAUUAAGAGACAAUGGAAAAAGUCUACCAAAGGAAAAAAUCCACAAAAAGGUACAUAUGGAAGGAUGUUGGCUUUUGCUGCACAUGCCCUGGCUGAGAAUAAACGUGAGCCAAAAGAUCUGUGGCAGGAACCAUUCAUUGAGGCCUCUGCUUGGAUGCCUUGUGCUGAUCAACGUAACUGGGAACCUAGUGGGGGCAAUAAUGGUUACAUUUUGGUCACAGCAAAUGGUGGGAUGAACCAGCAGAGAGUAGCUGUUUGCAAUGCUGUUGUGGUUGCACGGUUGCUAAACUCAACUCUUGUUAUUCCUAAAUUUAUGUACAGUAGUGUAUGGAGAGACGUGAGUCAAUUCAGCGAUAUCUAUCAGGAGGAGCAUUUUAUUAAUUACUUGACUCCUGAUGUUCGGAUAGUGAAGGAACUUCCUGAGGAGCUAAGGUCACUAGAUUUGGAGGCAAUUGGUAGUGUUGUGACUGAUGCAGAUAUUAGGAAAGAGGCCAAGCCAAGUUUUUAUCUGAAAAACAUUCUCCCUAUUUUAUUGAAAAACAGAGUUGUACAUUUCAUUGGAUUUGGGAACCGCUUGGCAUUUGAUCCAGUACCAUUUCAGUUGCAGAGGCUUCGAUGCAGAUGUAACUUCCAUGCACUACAAUUUCUGCCCAGAAUACAACAAACUGGCACUUUACUCCUCCACAGGCUGCGCAAACAUGCAGCUAAUCCCGGACCAUUGGAUCAUUAUCUUAUUCGUCCUUAUGCCAAACCAGAAUCAAAUAUGAAAGGAAAAGGGAAUCAUGCUGGAAAAGCUUCGAAAUAUCUAGCUCUACAUCUGAGGUUUGAAAUUGACAUGGUGGCACAUUCUUUAUGUGAAUAUGGUGGCGGUGAAGAAGAGAGGAAACAGUUGGAAGCAUAUCGUGAAAUUCAUUUCCCUGCAUUGGCACUUCUUAAGAAGAAAAAAAAAUUACCUUCCCCUGCAGAGCUUAGGUCAGAAGGCCUAUGUCCUUUAACACCUGAAGAAGCAGUACUUAUGCUUGCUGCUCUUGGUUUCAACCGGAAGACACGUAUAUUUGUGGCUGGUGCAAAUAUAUACGGGGGACAGCCGCGAUUAGCUGCUCUAACCAGCCUGUACCCUAAUCUAGUCACUAAAGAGAAUCUGCUUUCACCGAGCGAACUUCAACCAUUCUUAAAUUUUUCAUCUCAGCUAGCUGCACUGGACUUCAUAGCCUGCACUGCUGCUGAUGCAUUUGCCAUGACAGACUCUGGGAGUCAGCUGUCAUCUUUGGUUGCUGGAUAUCGAACAUAUUAUGGUGGCGGGCAGAUGCCAACAAUUCGACCAAACAAGCGAAGACUAGCUGCCAUUUUCACAAAAAACAACACUAUUGAAUGGAAAGUGUUUGAGCAGAGAGUUAGAAAAGCAGUUAGACAGACCAAACAUGUUUUUGAAAGGCCUGUGGCAAGGAGUGUUUAUCGGUUUCCACGGUGUAAAGAGUGUAUGUGUUAUACAGAAUAAAAAUUAUUCUUUUAACAGCCAUGAUAAUUUAUAGUAGCCUGUCACAUUCAUUAUUCUUCAA